GGUACGAAGCACUUACUUAUUUAGCGGUGUAGAUCGGAUAGUGUAUUUGCAACAAUAAACCUACCAAGUUGAGCUCAGAUCACACCCUACAUAAUGUGGCCCGAAGUGGAAGCCGCUAAAACGGACAAUCGGCGUGAAAUAAAGCUGACCGGUGCAAAUGUUUCCAAGCGAAUCGACGCCAACGGUGGUCGGCUGGAUGAAGCAAUCUACAAGCUUACCGCGCUCAAUCUGCUAGAUGUGAAUGAUACAUCAUUGCAGACUAUUUCGCCACAGGUGAAAGAGUUGCGGCAUCUGCAAUCUUUGUUGCUGUUUCGCAAUAAAAUAACGCAAAUUCCGGCCACGAUUGGACAGCUGAGCGAGCUGAAGGUGUUGGAUCUUUCGGGGAAUAAAAUAUGCACACUCCCGGAUGAAUUAACCGCUCUGCGUUCGCUUACUACGUUAAAUUUAUCCUUCAAUCAGCUGCAGACGUUGGAUCUAAGCAAGCUUGAUCAACUGAGUGUAUGUAAUUUGUCUGGCAACGAGCUGACCGAGGUGCCUCAGUUCUACACCGGACAAGUGCAUCACCUAACGGAUGUGAAUUUAGAGAAAAAUCGCAUCGUGUCACUACCGGAAGUGUUGACACAACAACAAAUAUUGAAAGUUCUUAAUGUGGCCGAUAACAAGAUUGAACAAGUCCCGAAAUAUCUUACCAAAUGCAUCAAACUGAAAGAAAUCAACUUAAAAGGUAAUCCGCUAAAGGAUAAACGUUUACUGAAAUUGGUCGAUCAGUGCCGCAGUAAGCAGGUACUCGACUAUGUGGAGAAAAAUGGUUACCAAGCUCCAAAGGAGAGUCAAGUGCCAUCUGACACUACUCAACUGGACGAACAGGUGGCGGAUGAUACACUGCACCCAGAGUCGAUUGAAGAUAUGCAGCUGAAAAUAAUGGUACAUAAAUAUACGGAACAGACACUGAAGGCGUCAUUCUCCGAGGAAGCUAGAACCACCCGUCCCUACAUUACACUGUGUAUCGUGCGCAACUACCCGAUAACCGAGAUGAGGAAAUUUUUGCAAAUGCAAAACUCCCUGCACGACAAUGAGUGCAUGCGCCGGGAGGUAGCUACCAUAGCAACACAUGAUUUAACCAAAAUCAAAGGUAUGGUUCGGUACCAUGCUGCACCGCCGGGAGAUAUACAAAUCACGGCGUUGGGAAGCGCGGCCCAGGGCAAGGUUACGGCGGAAAAGUAUUUCACCGACCUGGAGCAUCAAGCUGACCAAUACCGGAAAGAGAAAAAGCGCAACACUUAUUCGGGAGUCUACAAGUUCGUAUCGUUGCUACAAGGGAAGGAACUGUUCGCUUUUCUGAGCGACGACGAAAAGGUGAUCAGUUUGCCACCGUUGACCAACUGUGAUGAGACGAAAAUAGCAGCCACCACGACGGACAUGCUGCUUGAAGUCACCAGCAGCGUGAGUCACGGCAGCUGUGUACGUAUAAUGAAUGCACUGUUGCAACAAAUGUUGUUAUUGAACGUGGAAGUUGUAUCACUAACCUCGGCGGGCAAUGGCCAAACGACAACGAAGGUGGGCGAGAAGAAGAAAAAAUCUAAAUCCAAAGUGUCCGAGAUACAGCAAGAUUCCAGUGUUCGCUACAAUCGGUCAGCUACCCUAACGGUGGAACAGGUGCAGUUGUUUGAUUCUCAUGGUAAACUUCACUCGGUCUUUCCGGGCAAGGGGGACAUUGAAAACGAUGAAGCACGUAGAAUUCUCGUUGAGAUGGUUGCUGUUUAAAAGCAAUAGUUAAUAAUUAUCUUUCUUUAAAAGUUUCUGCCUCAUGCAUCCAUCAUCAACUCGUUACGAUUUUUUAAACUAAAAGAAUUUUCUUUAAAAGAUUACAGUUCCAAAAACUGAUGUUCCUUGUUUUCCUAUCCUUUAGUUUCUAUUUUAUUUCAUGAGCGUUUAAGGGUUUUGAUUCUAAUUUUGUGAUGUUACGAAACGAGAGUACAUUCGAAUUAACCAAUUAAUAACAAGUAUAGGAAUCGGUCUGGAAUAAAUUGACGGAAUAAUCAUGUAAUAAUUAAUGUUACAAAUAAAAAUAAAAAUCUUUAAUAACCAAGCACAAAUUAAACGAUAUCAAUUCAAAUA